AUGGUUGUCUUUUUGCUAGAGGCAGCAUUGGCCCGCAAACAGGCGGAAGCAGAAAGAGAAAUGCAGUCCACACCAGAGAGACCACUGGCAACCAAUACUACGGUAACCCCCCCUUCUGUACCCACAGAAGAGUACAACCCAGCAGGAGUUGACUCCCAACUUUGGAAGAGUGCAGGGAUACGUAAAGCACUGCAAGACGAACAAGAGGCUGACGCUGGAGCUGAUGCUGGAGCUGAUGCCGUGGAGCAAGAAGCUGAUGCAGGGGAAACUACUGUACCACGUCCAGCACCUCAAGCACCUCAAGCACCCAAUAGGGCAACCGCUGACCCUCAGUACUUGCCCAAGGAAGAGCAGCUAGAGAUACUGAGAAGGAGUGCCACUAAGGAGAUGAUCCACAUGAAUUUGAACAAGUUUGUUGGCAAACGCAUUUUUCCUAAUGCAAAGUUCCCACUAUCUGAAUUGCACAACAAGGCUGUAUGCAAGUUGGCCGUAGGGUCAGAGGUGGUGAGGUUAGACCAAGGGGUGGACCCAGAAGUAUUUGCGGAAGAGUACCACAAGAGUGUGAAAGAACGGAUGGCGGCAUUGCGACUGAAUUGUCACAAUGCUGCAAGAUCAAAGUUUCUAAAUGACCUGAAGCUUGACAAAGUCCCAUCCGAUAGCUUGGUGGUCGAUCUCCUGGAAAAGAACACUGAUGCAGCUGUUGGAUACAGGAGUUGUGGUCAGGGAUAUCAAGACUACCUGACAAAGGAUGGCACAAAAGUUUUGCAAGCAAGGACAAGACAGUACCAAUCCUUUCAUUACCUAGUGAAACGGAUCAUGCCAUCAAUCAAUUGCACAAACACCAAAUUUGAUGUUCGGAAGCAGGAGGAGACAAUCAGCAACAUCUUCACCGUGAGUGACAAGGCAUUUGCCCUUGUGCUACUUGAGAACUAUGAGAGUCGUUGGAGGAAACAGCAUGAGGAUCUUAAAUCAGCAAGACUCCAAGGUAAGGAACAUGCCUCUAUAAGCAAGGAGUUCAAGGCCAAAUUCACAUCAAGUGACGAUGGCUUGAAGCUGAAGUCAUCUGGUUGGAGUUGA